AUGUCGCUCUCACAGAACCAGGCUCGGGGCGAGGCUUGGCAGCGCCGCGGUGUGCCCCCUGCUGCGGUCAGGCGGAGUUGCGGCACAUUUCUGGAGCAGGAGGAGGCAGAGGAUGAAGCGCGCGACGAGGACGAAUGCAAGGACGAUGACGACGAUGGCAAUGCGAAUGAGGAGGACGAAGCAGUCGACGAUGACGACAGGGGGCUGGACAGGGGGGAAGAGUGGCAGGAUGAUGAGGACUGGGAGACGGAGGAGGGAGAUGAGGAUGGAGGGAAAAACAGAACGGGGGAGGAGUGCGAGCAACAGGAGGAGAAGACGGAGUUGAGCGAGCUCACGGGCGAGCUCACGGGCGAGCUGGCCCGCCUGCAAGCAGCGUUGCGUUGUGCACGCGCGCGGGCAGACUCGGCAGAGGACAGGCUGAGGGAGCGCCUGGAGGGCCAGCGCCGUGACCUCGACAAGGCCGGCUGGCACAGCGCGUCCGAGCUGCGGCAGUCCUGGGCCCGGCCUGCCGAGGCGGAGGGCGCUGUGGCAGUCAAGGUUGCCAGCGCCGCAGCGGACCCCGUCCUCUUCACGCCGUCGCCGCAGAAGCGCAUGCGCGGCGCCUCUCCAGGCAGGUGGAGCCCCCGCGGGCCGCGCAUCGAGGAGGUGCCAGCAGACGAAGAGGAGGUUGUUCGGGCCUGCUCGAGGCGUAGGUGCGACGCGGCGCACGCCAGCAACGCCGCAGGCUCGCCAGAGCUCGGGGGCGCCCCACGGGGAGCGCGGGCGGCGGGCACCGGGCGGCAGCCGCGGCGCCCGCUGGACGGCGACGGCGACCUGCAGCUUGCGCAGGGCGCCUUGGGGGACCUCGAGCUCUCCAGGGCCGGCGACCGCGCGGAUGCCAGCCCAGCGUGCAGCCGCAGCCCCCGGGCGGACCAACGCCAACGCAAGAGCGCCGCAGCGGGCACCUCCAGCAUGUCCACGACGGAACUUGCGUCGGAACUGGUACGACGGCUCGAGGACAAGGCGCGAGGCCUGUCGACACCUCUCCACCCGGACCAGACGAACAACAUCCAGGAGUUGUUGGCGCAGGCGGGUGCCUUGGUGCUCGUACCGCUGUCAGACCGGCCAUACGACAGACCGCGGGAGCCUCAGGCUUUGGUUUUCGAGGAUGCCCUCGGUGCUCCCGCUCCCGCGGAGACGCCGAGGCCGCCGGGCAGCGCAGGGCUAGGGUCGCCCCUGCUCCCACUUCCCGCUCCGCCGGGUCGGUCAACGAGCAGGGUAUUUGGAGACUCCGCUGUCGUCCGUGGAGGGCAGGCAGCGGGCGCCGCUGCGGCAGUCACAGUCCAGCUCGCGGAGGCGCGGAGGGAGGCUGAAGCACUGCGUGAACGGCUUGCCGUGAUGCAGGGAGGCGGCACAGGGAAAGUCGUCCUGGCAAAGAGCGAGAAUGCGGAGACGAAGUCUCUGCGGGCGUCGUCUGAGGAGCAGAGGGACAAUAUUGUUUUCGCAGCUGAUGGAUCCGUUCCCGCUGGCACCAGACACCAGCUCGAGGGAGGCCAUGCGAGCCCCGUUCGAAGGACAUCUCGUCAGCGACGUGACCAGUGCCGUGCUUCAACAAUAGCUGGUUUACAAGAAGCAGUGCAGAAGAAGUCGAUUGAGGAGGAGGAGAGCCGUCUUGAACUUGUUCGCAAACGACACCAGUUGUCCCAAGUCUUGCCGACGAUGCGUUGCAAAAGCUCGAAAUGUGCGGGCGAUGCAGUGGAAUGUGCAGACGAGUCACAGGAAUGCCAGGCUCGAACAUUUGCACGGAAAGGGAAGAAUUCGUACGUACCAGCGACUGUUGAGUACGAAACCCUUCUCAGGUCUUUGGCACGACAACAAGAAAGGUUGCAGCAGUUGCGCAAUCGAAGUUCUGAAGCAGAUUCAAGGCACGCGUCGAUUGCCGCCCAAGCAUCGGUGCAGCAACGUCGUUCGCAAGAGCUGGACAAGCACGAGCAGUCAAUGCUAAAUCAGGCAGGUAGCCGAAUUUAUACAGGAAGCCGACGUUCUGAAGCAGCAGGGAUGGAGUCUACGAGGCGCGAAGUCAUCGAGAAAAUGUUGGAGGAACGAGCAGAGUCGCUAUCGCGGGUGAAAGAAGAAACGGCUGGGCCAACCCGAGAUAUUGAUGAAAUGCAACCAAAGGUGGCGGCCACGACACACGAAGUGAGGGAGCAGCUCGCAGAGCAAGCGUCGAAUGCGGAAGAGGACACAAAAAGGUGGAAGGCCAAGGAGCAUGAAUUGAAAAGAGAGCUUGCAAUUGCCAAGGACCACGAAAAGUCGAAGCAGCAGCACAUCGAUAACCCUGGAGCGAAGGAGCUUCGAAGCGACGUAACUUGUGCCGCUGGCAGAGAGCAGACUGGCGUUUCAGCCCACAUCUCAGCAGCAACGCAGCUGGGCCAACCUUUACCACCAUUGUCAAGGAGUACCGGUCGUCCAGUGUCUACGUCAGGUGGUGUUGGUGGACAGAAUGGGUUUUCCGCACGUGGCAACUACGGAAAGACCAGCGAUGCCGACAGGUCUUGCCAGCAGCAGUGAAAAGACCGAUGUCUUGAAUUCAAUGGAGUGGGAAGGGGGGGGCACCACUUUGUUGCAGCAUGCUUUAGCUUGCCGUGUAAGAUGUUCAGAUGCUGCGGUAAGUGCAAGAUGUAAUCUUGCUUGCGCCACGGGCAGCCGUUACGUGCUUUCUGGAUAGUUCACGGUGCGACUUGUACCAUAUUUUUUCUGGUGAUUCGCAGGAAUGCGCAGAUGGUAGUAUGGUCCCUUCCAGAUGCACGCUUGAACUUUCAGAGCGGGAGCCACGGCGGCUCCCAUUGGGAAGAUGGCACGCAAAGUACGCUAUCAGCAAGUGUUCAAAGGUAUGGCUUGGAUGUGUGUUGUUGCUGGUAUCAUCUGGGUACCACUCGGGGCCAACCGUCAGCAGGUUGGCUGAGGUAAUUGAACUGCUAGUAGGAAUGCACUCGCCCACGUUCUGUUUUUCAUGGCCAAUGUUGCAAGUUUCCCGUCGUCUUCCCUGCAAGUUCUGUUUGACCAACACUGCCAACGGAUCCGAGUUACCGCUCGCACGCCAGACCCGCCGCAGUGAGCCCGCAGAGUUGGAGCCACGGCGGGGAAUCGAGCACGCAAGUUUCGCAAUUCGUGAGGGCGCAGGUAUGGAGUGAGUUGGAUGAGAAGAACGUUGAUCGAUUCCUGCCGUCCGCGCCGCUCUACUGGCGGAGGAGACUGGUGAGGAGACAUGUGAUUAUAGAGGAGAAGGAAGAGAAGGAGGACGGAGGAUGAGAAGGAGGAGGGCAGAAAGGAUGGACAGACACGAUGAGAAGAGGAACGAACAGGUGGCAUUAUUGACGUUCUGGGCGCGCUUGCACAUCAGGAGGUGAUUGCAGCCCAUGAGCGUCGCCAUUGCAACGACAUGUACUGCCUUGGGUAUGGCUGUGCUAAUUAUGUACGACGUUUGCAGGUCCGCAGCAUUUUUUUUGACCACGCGUACGGUCUUCACUCCGGGGCACCAUCCACAUGCCCUGCUUGGCCGCGAGGGCCUCCGGCUUCCACUCAAGACCUUCCCGCACGACGCCAGCGGAUUACUCGUAAAUAUCCGGGCGAUGCACCAGCAUAGUGCCGCGGAUUGAAGUAAGGAUAACUAUGGCAGACAUAGGGUUUACCGAUCCGAUCGUUUUCAUAUGCUCGGUGUCCUUCCGUUGAGUUGCAAUGCCGCGUACUCUUUUUGAAUUUCGCUAUGGCUACCAACGAUGACUAUCCUGUCUUUGGAAGGUGCACUGCUGGAGUUGGGGCCGGGCUGACUGAAUGGUUUGCCGAGAGCGAAUUUACGGCGAGUCUCUCCGCGCGCCGUGGAAUUCUAAAAGUUGCACGCACAACCCGUUUCUUCUCAUGCGCCUGUUUUGAUUGUAGUGUGUUGUUAAGGCACAUUGCUUCAGCAGAAGAAGUGGCACGACAUGAUAAGAG